AUUGGAAAAAGGCGAUUGUUGAGACCAGGACUCUUGGAAUAAGAGUGGACCAUGAUUGAUUUGCCUCAUUUUCUGCAUUUGGUAAUAAAUUUCCUGCAAAUUUUUUUUCCAUAUAUAAAUCCAACAACCCUAAAUUUCACUUUUUGGGAAGAAAAUUACUCCAUGUGAUAUGAUUUGAUUUUUGUAUUUUUUUUCGUUUUGUUUUUUUUUUCAGUUUCAUUUGUCUAUUAAAUAAGAAGUUUUAUAAUCCUUUCCACCUUAUUCUCUCCAACUUCUUCAUCGUCAUCAUCAAAUCAAACAUAUAAAAUGGUAGGCAGAAUGCACUUCUGAAUUUCAUUGAUGGGUGUGGAAUAACAUCCGUGAAACCAUGCCAUAUUCAUUUCCUUAAAUUCAUCCUUUCUUACUAAAUCUGUCGGUUUUUCUGUGUGUUCUUCGAACCCAACAAACCAGAAAUCUUCACAUGCAGCCACUGAAAGAAUACUUGAUGAUUUCAAUAAAGUCCCUGUUUUAAAAGCCCUGUUUUUGUGAGAGCAAAAUACACUGAAAAGGGCGUUUUUUCUCAUCCUGUUUUUCCCCUUUUGGAGGGGGGACAGAGCAUAUUGGUUGUCUUCUUCUUUGAUUUUUUGGACUGAGUUUAGUCCUAACAGAAGACAAAAAAAGGGAGAAAACCAUGAAGAAUGAUGAACAAGCUCGGUCUCUUUUUGGGAUUUCUCUGAAUGAACUGCCUGUUUGGAAGCAAUUUAUACUUUGCUCUUCUGGGUUCUUCUUCGGUUAUCUCGUCAACGGUAUUUGUGAGGUAAUCCUGAUGCAUUCUUCCUCAAUUUCUUCAUUGUUCUCCGUUAUUGAAUUCUGGGGGGUUUUUUUCCGGUGACGGUAAAAGCUUCCAAAGGGUUGAACUUUGGCGGCGUUUCAAACAUUAUUAGUACUCUGUUUGCCGUCGGAAAUGGUAAAAGGGGAAAACGCGUUGUUGUUGAAUGUUUAAUUCAUUGAUUAAUAAGGUCAAAUAAUUGCGAUUGAUUCCUUUAAAGAAAAAGAUAACUCUCCUGGGUUUGAAAUUUGAGUUUGUUAUAAUGUAGUUGAUGGUGUGUGCGGAGAAUUUGCUGAUCAUCGUCAUCCUAAUUAUCACCUAAUAAAACAAAGAAACAAAGAAAUUCAUUUCUUCUUUUUCUUUUUCUAUUUUCCCUUUCUUUUUUUUUAAAGUUGAGUUUUGAAUUGCAAAUUUCUCGUGCUGAUGUCGUAAUGUGAUGAUCAAACUUCUUUUCCGCAAUUAUUUCCCAGAAUUCGGGUUGGGAGUAUCCCAGAAUUUGUUAUGUAACAGUUACUUAUAUUGAUAAAAACAAUUUGGAUUCCUUGAAGUUAUCUGUCUUUAUCUUUUGGUGGGGUUUGGUGGGGUUAAGCUGGGAUUCUCAAAUUGCAAGGAAUGGAUCGGUGGCUUUACUGGCUGAUACGUUUCUCUUAUUGUCAACAAUGGGCAUCUUCAAUACACUUCUUUUUUGUUGUGUUGUUGAUUAUAAUUUCGCAAAUCUGUUGAUUAUUCAAACCACAAACUAUUUUUAGCAAAUGUGAAGACUGAACAUUAGCUGACUUUUUAGACUCACCCAAAAUUUUUCGCGUUCAGGAAUACGUGUACAACAGGCUGCAAUUCAGGUCAGUUUUCACAAUGGCACUUGUUUUUUCACUGAAUAAUUGAACCAUUUUGGUCUUAGUUGUUGAUAUUGGUGGUUCAUGCCAAUUCUGACUGCAAUUUUUCAUCCUGAAGCUAUGGCUGGUACUUCACAUUUGUUCAAGGAUGGGUGUAUAUUGUCCUGAUUUACUUGCAAGGUUUCACUCCUAAGCAAAUGGUUAAUCCCUGGAAAACUUAUGUAAAGCUCUCUGCUGUGCUUAUGGGAUCACAUGGACUUACCAAGGGGUCGCUGGCUUAUCUGAACUAUCCAGCCCAGCUCAUGUUUAAGUCAACCAAGGUUCUUCCAGUGAUGAUAAUGGGCGCCUUUAUUCCCGGAUUAAGGCGGAAAUAUCCUCCCCAUGAAUAUGUAUCUGCAAUCCUCUUAGUAAUUGGUUUAAUCCUUUUCACUUUGGCAGAUGCACAUAGUUCACCAAACUUUAGUGUGAUUGGUGUUGUAAUGGUUUCUGGUGCUUUGAUUAUGGACUCCUUUUUGGGGAACUUACAAGAAGCUAUCUUCACGGUCAAUCCAGAAACAACUCAGAUGGAGAUGCUGUUUUGCUCAACUGUUGUUGGAUUGCCAUUCUUGAUUCCACCAAUGAUUUUGACUGGAGAGUUGUUUAAAGCCUGGACUUCUUGCUCUCAGCAUCCAUAUGUAUACGGAGUUUUGGUCUUUGAGGCAAUGGCUACAUUCGUCGGACAAGUCUCCGUCCUUUCACUGAUUGCACUGUUUGGUGCUGCCACCACAGCUAUGAUAACUACAGCUCGAAAAGCAGUAACAUUACUGCUAUCCUACUUGAUUUUCACAAAGCCAUUGACUGAGCAACAUGGAACCGGACUAAUAUUGAUAGCAAUGGGGAUCAUUUUGAAGAUGUUGCCGGAAAACAAACAGCCUCCUAGACGGUCUGCGGCGAAGCCCUCAAUCAAUGAGGGUAAGAUCAGUUCCCAAAUGGAGAUUGAGAAAGAGGAGAAGAGGCCUUUGGUCUGAUGAGAAAGAAAAUAGGAUGUGUAGUAUAUUGUGUAAUCUAUUACUGAAUCUAAAUUGAAAGUAUGUGUAGCAUUAAUUACCAAGUCAUAUAGAGCAUACAAAUUGCAAUACCAACGAAAUAUAGAACUUGAAAAUGUUCGUCAAAAUCCUGGACUGAGGUAUGGUACCUAUCGCAAUCUCAUUGAUGGAAUUAGUAGUACUACUCUCUCCGUUCCGUCUUAUAAUUAUUGUCCUGUUUGAGUUUUCAUUUUCAGUUUAAAUUAUACUAGAAGUGAGAUCUGAAACUGGACAAUAAUUUUCGGAUAGAGUAGUAUUAUUUAUGAGCUCAAGAGUCAGAAAUAUGAACUUAUGUGGCUAUUCAUUCUAAAACAACUGAAUUGUCACAUUGAAUACCAUUUCUGUGCAAGAAUCACCCAUACAGUCAUACAUCAGCUUUAGUUAUUUCACGUAUGGCAACAUAUUUGGUUAAGGCUCUCACUUAUGACAUUGUCAUUUGAAUUCAAUUGGGUGUAGAUUACUAGAGACGAAGAGAUCAAAAGAAUAAGUAUUAAAAUCCAAAAAGAGUAAGGUAAGAACGUAAAUUAGUACUCCUUCCGUU